AUGAGAUCACACCCACCAAGCUAAACACAAUUUAUAACGAAAAAAAGAAAAAAAGAAAGAAAAUUGCAUAAUUAAACGCUAACGUUUAUACUAGCUAGCUACUAUAUAGUGUCUCACCUCAUCCCUUUUUUUUCUAAAAGAAAAACAUUUGGAUCUUUUUAACUCCAAAAAAUAUUGGAAUGGGGAACAGUUUAGGAGCAAAGAAAGCUGCGAAAGUGAUGAGAAUAAAUGGAGAAGAGUUCAAAGUAAAGGCCGGAAUCGAAGUUGGGGAGGUAGUAAAAGACUAUCCGGGUCAUGUUUUGCUCGAGUCCGAAGCUGUAAAACACUACGGAACUCGAGCCAAACCUCUUGACCUGAGCUACGAGCUCAAGGCCAAGAGACUCUACUUCCUGGUUGAGCUACCUAAGGUAACCAUAAGAGAGAAUCAUAACAAUAUUAAAAUUCCAAGAAGGGUUCAGUCUGGGAUUAACAUGAGCGCGAAGGAUAGGCUGGAGAAUUUAAUGUUGUCGAGGAGGUCGGUUUCUGAUUUGUCUAUGAUGAAACCUACGAGCAUUUUGCCGGCAGAUUCGCCGGAAAAUGGGACGCCUGUGAGGGUCACGAUGAGGCUCCGAAAGAGUGAAGUGGAGAAGCUCAUGCAGGAGAGCAAAGAUCAGGCUGAGGCUGCUGAGAAGAUUGUUGGUCUUUGUUUGGUGAAAAAUAAUAAUGGUGAUGAUAUUAAUAUUAACAACAACAACAACAGCAAUGUUAUUAGCAAUAAUAAUUAUAAUUAUAACAAUAAUAACAAUAAUAUUAAUGUUAAUUUUAAUGGUGAAAAUGGUUGCCGUAAAAGAAUAGGAGGGAUUCGAGAUGGUGUCAGAAAGGUUAAUCAGAAGCGAGUGAGUUUCUGUCCAAUAAAUGAAGGAGAGAUUCAAAUUGCUGUGGCAUAGUUCUCCAACAAAUUAAGGCAAUUGAUUUGUCAUCGAGGGCUAGCUCUCACGUACUGGAGUCCAAGAGAAGUAGUGCGUGGUUAAUUAUAUACAUAUAUUUAUAUUUAUAUUUAGAUAUAGAUAUAAAUAUUGCAAAAUCUAUGCUUUUACGUGUCUCCAUAGAUUAUUUUUUAUUCAUCACUAACCAAAACCUUUGGGAUGUGGCUUUUGUAAAUAAUAAUAUGAAGGUACGGUUGUGAUAGAUAGAUAGUUUUGGGAAGCAUAUAUAUAUCGUUUUAGUCGUGGGAGUAUAUAUAAAUAUGUAAUGAGCCUGAUGAAAGUGCGAAGCAAUUUUAAUUUUAUUUAUUUAUUUCUUUUUUCAGAA